CUUUGUUAGUUAAGUCGCAAAAUAGAUAUGAAGCAGACCAUCUUAGGAGUGGCCUUUUGUCUCAUCAUAGGCUUUGGCGAUGCUUCAGUGAGAGUUCGACGUGGUUACGGCGCCCACGGUGGUGAUGGCGGUGGAGGUGGCGGAGGUGGCGGAUUCGGAUAUGGCGGAGGCGGAGGCGGAGGCGGUGGCGGAUUUGAAUUUGGCGACGACGACAGUGGCGAAAGUAGUUUUGAAAGUAUAGGAGCCGGUGUUGGCCAUAUAUUAAGCAAAUUACAAUCUGGAUUUCACCGUCUGGCAAAAGGAGGUUUGAGUGGAGGAGGAGCAGGUCUCGGCAGUGGAGGCCUUGGUGGAGAAAAUGAAAAGGUCAUUUUCUCCCAAUCUGACGAUGGAAAAUCUGGCGGCUUCGCUUUUCAUGGCACACUCGAUGGUGGUAAAGGAGGAUACGGCGGUGGUGGAGGAUACAGCGGCAGUGGAUUAGGCGGAGGUGGCGGAAGUGGAUUCGGAAGUGGCGCUGGAAAUGGAUUAGGUGGAGGCCAUGGAGGACAUUCAGGAAAUGGUGGAUUGGGCAGUGCUGGAGGUUAUGGAGGAGGCGGUGGUUUUGGCGGCGGAGCAGGUGGCGGCAAAGGAGGCGGCGGAUAUGGAGGACACGGUGGUUCUGACGUUGGCGGUAGCAGUGGAAGCGGAUCAAGCGGCGGUUAUGGCGGUGGCGCUGGGGGUGGAUUAGGCAGCGGUGGUGGUCAUGGGGGUUCUGAUGGAUUUGGAAGUGGCGGAGGACUUGGAGGAAGCAGUGGCCUAGGCGAUGGUCACGGAGGUGGCAGUGGCCUUGGCGGUGGACACGGAGGAGGCAGUGGACUUGGUGGAGGUCACAGCGGCGGUGGUGGCUAUGGAGGUAGCAUUGGCGGAAGCAACGGAGGUUCUGGAGGUCAUGGAGGUGGCGCUGGCGGUGGAUAUGGAGGUGGAUCCGGUGCAGGCCUUGGCUCCGGCGGUGGUAUUGGCGGAGGAUCAGGUGGAUUAGGAGGUUCCGGUUCCGGAGGACAUGGUGCAAGUCAUGGAGGCGCUGGAGGGUACGGCGGAGGAGCAGGCGGUGGUCUUGGUGGCGGAUCUGGGGAUCAUGGUGGCUCUAGCGGCUGCAGUUCGGGUUGUGGAGGAUCCGGAGGCUAUGGGAGUCAUGGAGGAUACGGUGCAUCAGGAGCGUACGCUGCAGCAGCUGCUAAAGCCUCAGCAUCAGCAGGCUCUGGUAGUUACGGAUAAUUAAUCAUCGUCGUUACAUACUAAUAUUUCAACGAUAAGCAUUCCCAAAUAAUAUAGGUUAUGAAAUGUUUACAUUUGGCCAUCUUAGUUAAU